AUGAUCCGAGUGAUAUUAGUGUUGUUAAUAGGAUGGACGGGUGCACGCUGCGAAGUGGACGUGGACGAGUGCGCGACGGGCGCGGUGUCGUGUCUGCCGGGCGACUGCCUCAACUUGAACGGCUCGUACACGUGCUUGUGCGCCGAAGGCUAUUGCGGCAAUGCGUGCUCGCUGAAGGACCCGUGCUUCGCGGAGGAGGGCGAAGGACUCAACCGCACGGGCCCGUGUCUGCACGGCGCCAAAUGUGAACAGCGUUGCGCGGCCACUACUGACUACAUCUGCUACUGCGUGGACGGCUGGGGAGGCAAGAACUGCUCGCAACAGGUGGUGGCGCAGGGCGCGUCGGGCUCUGGCGACAGCUCGUCGGCCGUGCUCAUCGGCGUGGGCGCGGCGCUGGUGGGGCUGGCGCUGGGCGCGGCGGCGCUGGGCGGGCUGGGCGCGCAGGCCCGCCGCAAGCGAGCCACGCGCGGCACCUACUCGCCCUCGGGACAGGAGUACUGCAACCCGCGCGCCGAGAAGAUGCAGCACGCGCUCAAGCCGCCGCCCGAGGAGCGCCUCAUAUAG